UGUUGAAAGACUAGUGACAAAAAUAACUCGACUGUUUCACCACUAUCAAGCCAACAACAUAUUGCUCAGCCACGCUUCAUUCAGACGACACACAGACACCCUGCAGGGGCCACACGUCACCCUCAUGGGGAACCAGAAGAAUCCCUGGAUCUCUGCUCUGGUCUUGGUGGGUCUUCUACAUAAAGUUAGUGGACUAUCCAAUACCCAGGUCUGCAACCCAGCUGUAAGUGACACUAUACACAACUAUGGUGUGAAAACCCUAAAUGGGACCCAGUUCAUGCCAUUCUCCCAUUAUGCUGGAAGGCAUGUCCUCAUUGUCAAUGUGGCCACCUACUGAGGACUCACCUUCCAGUAUGUGGAAUUGAAUGCACUGCAACAGGAGCUCCGAGAUGUUGGAUUCACUAUCCUCGGGUUUCCAUGCAACCAAUUUGGGAUGCAAGAGCCUGGAAAAAAUAAUGAAAUUCUUUCUGCAUUAAAGUAUGUCCGUCCAGGCAAUGGAUUUGUUCCAAAUUUCCAGUUAUUUGAGAAGGUGGAUGUGAAUGGAGUCAAUGAACACGCUCUUUUCAAAUUUUUAAAGAAUGCCUGCCCACCUGUGGGAGACAGCUUCGGUAACCCCACCAACAGAUUGUUUUGGGAACCUCUCAAAAUCAACGACAUCAAGUGGAACUUUGAGAAGUUUCUGGUGGGUCCAGACGGCAGACCUGUCAUGAGGUGGUUUCCCAGAGUGAACGUAUCUGAAGUUAGGGCAGACAUCUUGAAAUACUUCCGUCAGCUUGUUCAAAAGGCUGAUUAACGUUAAAACAGUGGAUUUAAUUGCACAUUCAUCUCUCUCUCCAGCAUAAAAUGUGUUCAAAUAGUCAAAACAGGGUUUCUGCAGGUUUUAUGAAGGGAGAUUUAAGACCCUUUUAAAAACAGUUAAAGAAAAUGUAAGGAAUAAAUUAAAGGAAAAGCAAUACGUCAAUAUGUUCUCUAAAUCUUAAUGUCUAGGGAACCUCGGUAUUUCCUGUUUUCCCGUGCAAAUGUCUAAAGACGUCUUAAGAGUCUUAAAACAGGAUGUAUAGAAAAGCAAAAAGAUAAAUUGAUUGGCUCAGAAAAAUCAACAUGAUUGAAGUUUUAGACAACAAAAAAA